AUGUCCGGUACAGGAGAAUAUUCCGAUAAUUAUUUUCGAGGUUCAUCCCCGUUUCAGCGAGGCUAUGGGAUUCAGAAAGGAGCUGGAGUCGGUGAUGUCAUGCGUGGUCUUUGGCGUUUCUUUCUUCCUGUAAUACGUCGUGUAGGAAACACAGUUAGAGCUGAAGCACUUAAUACAGGACAACGUGUUAUUGACAGAGUUAGUCAAGGAGAACCAAUCAAAGAGGCUUUUAUCAGUGAAGGAAAGAAAGGGAUAGAUGCUGUGCUUGAUAAAGGAGGUCUUCCAAAACAGUUUGGAUCCGGGUUUUCGAGAAAAAAGACUAUAAAAAGGCAAAAAUUACCCAGUUACCAAAAAAUUAUAGGUAAACCAAUCAAGAAGAAAUUGAGAUCAGACGUCUUUGGAUUUUAUUAA